AUGGCCAUGGCCAUUGUCAACAUCAUCACCAAAAAACGCUUUUUCAACCCACCUCUUGUUCAUUCCACCUCUCUCUUCUUCUUCUCCUCCAUCCCAACAUCCCAAUCCCCCUCCAAAACCCCCCUCGAAAAACAAUUCGAAACAUGGGUCACCCAUCUCAAACCCGGUUUCACCCCUUCCGACGUCAACCACGCCUUAACCUCCCAAUCCGACCCCGACCUCGCCCUCGACAUCUUCCGCUGGACCUCCCAACAACGCUCCUACAAACACACCCACCUCACCUACCUCACCAUCAUCAACCACCUCACCACCUCCCGCCGCUACCAACAAGCCGAAACCCUAGUCGAAGAAGUCAUCGCCGGCGCGUGCGAUCCCACGCUCCCCCUCUUCAACACCAUCAUCCGUUUCUGCUGCUCCCGCAAGUUCCUCUUCAACCGCGCAUUCGACGUCUACAACAAAAUGCUAAACUCGCAAGACUCUAAACCUAAUCUCGAAACCUAUACAUUACUCUUCAACUCGCUUCUUCGAAGAUUCAAUAAACUAAACGUUUGUUAUGUUUAUCUGCAUUCUGUUCGAUCUUUAACCAAGCAGAUGAAGACUAAUGGUGUCAUACCGGAUACUUUUGUCUUGAAUAUGAUUAUUAAAGCUUAUUCUAAGUGUUUGGAACUCGAUGAAGCGAUUAGGGUUUUUCGCGAAAUGGGCUUGUAUGAUUGCCAGCCCAAUGGUUAUAGUUAUAGUUAUAUUGCUAAGGGUUUGUGUGAGAAAGGGAGGGUGGAACAGGGGUUUGGAUUUUAUAAGGAAAUGAGAGCUAAGUGUUUGGUUCCUAGUACUAGUACUUAUGUCAUUGUUGUUUGUAGUCUUGCUUUGGAGAGGAGAUUUGAGGAUGCUGUUGAGGUUAUGUUUGAUAUGUUGAGUCAUUCUAGGUCGCCGGAUCAUCUUACGUAUAAGACGGUUUUGGAAGGAUUGUGUCGCGAAGGGAGGGUUGAUGAUGCUUUUGAGUUGCUGGAUGAAUGUAAGAAGAGGGAUGUUUGUAUGAAUGAGAAGAUGUAUAAGAUUCUGUUCAAUGAUUUGCGGUUUGUGUGUAGGGAUUAG